GGGACAUUCCAAGGCUUCACUGGUGCAGAUCAGUCUAGAGGACGAAUUCAGAGGAGAUCAACGAGAACCUUUGUCCCUGGCCCGCAGUCUUUUGACCUCGGCCUUUCUGAGAAAAGAUUUCCGAGCGGGAACUCAGGUGUGGCCACUUUUCUGAGGUGCUGGCACCCUAGUCAGUGUGCGAGCGACAAAGUGUGGCCGCCAGAGGCGCUUCGAGGCUGAGGCUACCAUCAAAAACAAUGAGUUUAAAACCGUUCACCUAUCCAUUUCCAGAGACAAGGUUCCUUCAUGCAGGACCCAACGUGUUUAAGUUUAAAAUCAGAUAUGGCAACAGUAUCAGAGGAGAAGAAAUAGAAGAUAAGGGAGUCAUCAUCCAGGAGCUGGAGGAUUCUAUCCGUGCAGUCUUGGCAAACAUGGACAACCUCAAGCCCUUUGUUACAGAACACUUCAUUGUAUUUCCCUAUAAAAGCAAAUGGGAGAGAGUUUCUCACCUGAAGUUUAAACAUGGAGAAAUCAUCCUGACCCCCUACCCAUUUGUUUUUACUCUGUAUAUAGAGAUGAAAUGGUUUGCUGAAAAUCUGCCUUCGUGGAAACCAACAGAUGAUAUUCCUCUUGAGUUGGUCCUAGCUGAGAAGGAAGCGGAAGAAGCCACAAUGAGGAAACGGAAACUCAUGGAGGAGCCAGGCUCCCCUUGCAGGCCAGGGCCACACAGGGCCAAGAUGAAGACAUGUAGUGACGCUUCCAGCAGUAAGAAGCCUCUGAAGGAGAGCAAGAGGAUCAGGGAUGAAGAAGCCCAGCAGGAAUACCAGGAGACCCCAGCUUCUGCUGUUAAGGAACAGGAUGCUAGGUUGGAGCAUAGCCUGCCAGGGCUGGUUGUCACUCCACUGCAACAUAGCAAUCCAUCACCACUGAAAGAGCCAGCUGCCAGAGGCUUCUUGGGGUUUCUAAGUGCUCUUUUCCCGUUUGGAUACUUCUUCAGGAAGAGCAGUCAGUGA